ACCACCCGCAUUUAUGACCCAAAAACCGGGGCGUCUGACAAACAAGAGCAAAUACACAGCGCGGUGAUGGAGAGUGGAGUACAUACACACACACACACACACACACACACACACACACACACACACACACACACACACACACCACACACACACACACACACACACACACACACACACACACACACACACACACACAGUAUUGAUGAUGUCCUGUUUAACGAAGUCACAUUUGGGUCUGUUGCAUUAUGUUUCUUCCAGCAGUGUUUCAUAUCGGCUUCUCAGUUCUUGGAAUUUGGAGCGAUAUUUAAAAGGAAAACACACACACACACACACACACACACACACACACACACACACACACACACACACACACACACACUCACACACACACACACACACACACACAGCUGUAAUGCUAUGGAUCAAUUCAAGAUGAUUCUAUAAAGAAAACGCUUCUGUAAUUAAUAAAAUAUUAUGACGAUUUAUGAAUUGAGCUCAGUGGAGUCAAAAUACACUCAUAUGCAUCAAACUGUGAAAUUCUUUGCUAAUCCACAUCUUCUAUAUAUUAUAUUCAACACUAUAUAAAUAUAUAGUAAGUACAAUAAUAUGUGAAUGUUUUUUUUUAUUCUGUUUCAUCUAUGAGACGUGAUAAGGUGCCUUGAAUCCAUACAAAUGUACUUUUUUGGAACUGAAAAGUCCGAACUUCAUUAGGAAAUCGGGCAAUUAUAUGUUGUUUGCUCACCAGUAAAAGUUAAACUGCAUGAUGCUGCUACUUUAAACAUUUUUUCUAAAUUCAAAAGCCGUCCUCUUGAAUUCGGCAUGAGUAUAUUAAGACAUCAGGAACACAUUGUAUCCUCUGCCAUUCACUGAGUCAGUUUAAGCCAAAAUAACAUGAACAAGAGUCGAGGCCUUAAAACUGAAAGGAGACUUGCGUGAGUGUUUGCCGAUUAGAUAAUAGCUUCAUGUGCAGGAAUGAUCCUGAAUCCUUAUUUACUUUUCAUAUACUGUGUUGUAAUGAAAUAGAGUUUGCAGGAAUCCCAUGAGAGUCCGUUUCCAAACAUGAGCUGGACGCGUCCAAUACACAAACGCGCUGCCGUCAUUUCCCCAGAGGGGGGUGUACUGGGUUUGUUAGCUCCAAUAGACAAUUUACCCUCCAGUCUGCCUAAUGAAUCACUCUGUGCAGCGCAGAAGAAAAGUGUCGCUUAUCACCCUAUGAUGAAGUGUAAACAGGCCAUCAUCGACUCCCAUUGCAGCGUUGGGGGGGGGGCGUGAAUCUCCACACCCGGAUGGAAGUGGCUCCAACAGGCCACAUAAUGUGAUACAUGCAUAACAAUAACACCCUGCGCUCGCACCUUGGUCUGCACUUUUGGCACAAACCCGUUUAGAUUUAGCAGGUUUUACGCGACGUUUCAAUGCAAAGACAGCGCGUUGUGUGUGUGUGUGUGUGUGUGUGUGUGUGUGUGUGUGUGUGUGUGUGUGUGUGUGUGUGUGUGUGUGUGUGUGUGUGUGAGAGGAGUCUGGCUGUGCACGAGGGCUGCACAGGAACUCACAUGAAAGUAAAUAAAGCACACAACUGUUUUUGUCAUCCUGCGGUUCUCAGAAUUGGAUCUGGAGAUUUUAAUGGGAACAUUUUAUUCCCACUAUACAAACAGUGUUUUGAGCACGUUCUCUGAAUGAUGUGUCACACACCGUAGAUGGGGCUACACUCCCCAUGUACAGUAACACUGUUAUAAUCCUUACAUUUUAUUAUGCCCAGUCAAUCAGUUCUUUAUUCCAAACAUUUCAGCCAUGUAAUAGGACUGACCCUUUCUGAACUCUCUGAAAUAAAUCCCCCAUGAGCAGCACUAUGUAAACUUGAAGCAGAGCGUUUGUUCUGGCCCCCGAGGGACCACUAAGAGGAGCUGGACCGCUGCUCCACUGCUCUGUUUUGUCUGAUGGGAACAUUUCCCAGAUCUAAAUAGGCCCUAAUAGAUUCCCCUUGUUGUUGAUGUUGUGAAGCCCCACAAUGGCCACAGAGAGUUCUAAAAAGAUGUGAAGUUAAACAGCGCUUGGCACCUGUAUCCAUGUGUGUGAGGGUCAUCAUUAACUCGGGUUGGACUCGUCCAGGUAGGCCUUUAAGAAGCCAAAAGAAACACUUUAGAGGUCUGAAAGAGGACAGAGGUUUGCAGAUGGCCAGGACAAAUUGAAACGGGUUGCCUUGAGGUAUUCCAACUAUUUUCAUUUGUUUCUGUUAAGUCACUUAGGUCUCAGCUCCAAGCACACUUGAAAAAAUAGUCGGUGCAGCCAGCCACAGCAGCAGACACUCACACAUUCCUUACUGUACAUGAGCUGCUCCACCCAGGAGAGCUGAUGUAGCUCUACCCCAUCAGUGUCAGCUGUACCCGACAGACUGAGCAGAGUGUGAACAUCUGCAUAAAUAAGAUGCUAUAAAUCUACGAGGAGGCCAUAUGACAAACAACUGAGAGUCGGGUGUGAGGGUCAGCAGCAGCCCUCACACCCGACACCCGAAAUCUGCACACUGCUUCAACUAAAACACAUCUGCUCAAACUCUUUCUUUCCCACUGCAACAUCCAUUCAAAUUAACUGUUAGAUGACUUUUUAAUGCAGCUUCGCACAGCUGUUCUUAUUUAUUUAGGACUCUGUUUGUGAUUGUAAAUGAUUUUAUUUCAUGGGUGUAGAAAAUGUGAAUCAAACAAAUAAAUAAUAACUAAAUAAGUGAACAUUUACCACCAUCAUAAUAAUCAAACAAUACAAUGCACAUCAUAUUUAGAUUACAGUACUUAACUGAAAUCAACUGUAUAAAACAAGUAGAAUAAUAAGUUCAUUCACUCCCACAUGUUUGUAAUGUACAACUCAAUCUUUACUUUUAAAUAAAGAAAUACAAAGUGGAAGUUAUAUUUAUACAGCAGAACAUUUACUCUCUGGUCUCUUUCUAUCAUUAAUACUAUUUAAAUAUCUUCUUUGUCCCCAGAACCUUUUAGGUCAAUUCAGUGUUAUGAAAUCUGUGGUCGCCAGAAUGAAUCAGGCUCGUUUCCAUAUCUGAAGCGUUAGUGAAUUGAUAGGGGCGUCAAUUUCCCUUUUCCAUCAGCCACCCCCACCCCCACCCAUCGCCUCCCCCCCUCCCGGCCGGUGGCUGCUGCAAGCUGUCAGGGAAGCAGCCUAUAAAAGAGAAAGGGACGGGACUCUGAGGAGGCUGGUGGUACUGAGGACACACACACGGUGCAGUUGUCUUCACAAACCUUCUGCCUGACUGGAUGAUUUCAUGACACUUGGACGUAAAGAGGAAACUUGUCUGUGAAUAAGUCGCCCGUGGCUUCAUAGAGUGCUCCAUAUCCGAGGUUUGAGGGGAAUAUUUUACGUACAGGAGGAUUUGGGAUGCUUGUUCCCCGCGCGCUCCGCUCCUUGCUGUGCGUCCUGUGCGCGUGGCUGCACACCGGAGCAGCCUCGCGGCUCAAGUCUCCCGCUCUGCCCAUCCAGUCAGAGAGAGAGCCGCUGCCCUCCAAAGGCUUGUCAGGAUGCUCGUUCGGAGGUCGAUUCUAUUCUCUGGAGGACACAUGGCACCCAGAUCUGGGCGAGCCCUUCGGUGUCAUGCACUGUGUCCAGUGCUACUGCGAAACUCAGAAGAGUCGCCGCGGGAAGGUGUUUGGGAAAGUAAACUGCAAGAACAUCAAACAGGACUGCCCGGGCCUGGACUGUGACGACCCCAUCCUGCUGCCGGGGCACUGCUGCAAGACCUGCCCCAAAGGUGACGUCGACAGGAAGCAGACGGACUCUGUGCUCGACAGCUUUGAGUAUUUCCACGAGAAGGGCCGAGAUAAAGAGGGCGACCUCCACAAAUCUUACAACGACCGCUCGUACCUGAGCUCCGAGGAGCUGGGCCCCGGGGAGAGCCGCACUGACUUUGUUGCCGUGUUGACAGGAGUGACAGAAUCAUGGCUGCCCGGCUCCAACGGCGUCGCCAGAGCUCGCUUCUCUCUGACCAGAACGAGCCUGGCCUUCUCCGUCACAUACCAGAGGAUGAGCCGACCCAGUAAAAUAGUUUUCCUGGAGUCAGACGGGACGACUGCUUUUCAGUACAAAGUCCCCAAAGGACAGACAGACAUGAUCUGCGGAGUGUGGAAGAACCUGCCAAAGCCUGUGAUCCGACAGCUGCAGUCGGAGCAGAUCCGCAUCAGCAUGAGCACAACGACGAGCCGACGGGACGAAGUGGAGGGGAAGAUCAUCAAACACAGGGCGCUGUUUGCUGAGACAUUCAGUUCGACGCUGACGUCGGAGAACUUAGGCAUGGGGGGCCUCGCCAUGUUGACGCUGAGCGACACAGAGAACAACCUCCACUUCAUCCUCAUCCUGCAAGGCCUCAUCGACCACAAAGAGAAAGAGCCCAUGUUGGUGCCGAUCCGAGUUCAGCUUGUGUACCGAAAACACGUCCUGAGAGAGAUCCGAGCCAACGUCACCUCCCACGAUCCAGACUUUGCGGAGGUGCUCACUGAACUGAAUAGCCGCGAACUCUUCUGGUUAUCUCGGGGUCAACUGGAAAUCGCCGUGGCAACCGAGGGUCAGGAUCCCAGACAGAUCUCGGGGUUCAUCACCGGCAGGAAGUCGUGUGACUCUAUUCAGAGCGUGAUGUCCAGCGGGGACGCAUUGACCCCGGGGAAGACGGGAGGCGUGGGAUCCGCUAUCUUCAGCCUCCACGAUAACGGCACUCUGGACUACCAGGUGCAGGUCGCAGGCCUCACCAGCGACUUCCUCGGCCUCACCAUCGAGUUGAAGCCGCGGCGGCGGAACAAACGCUCGGUGCUGUACGACCUGACGGCAGAGUACAACAAGGCCACGGGUCAGGCGCAGGGCAGCUGGAGUCGCCUGGAGGCUCGACACAUACACAUGCUGCUGCAGAACGAGCUGUUCAUCAACGUGGCCACGGCGCACAGCCAGGAGGGGGAGCUGCGGGGGCAGAUACGUGCCCUGCUCUACAGCGGCCUGGAGGCCCCCAGACAUGAAUUGCCCACGACUCUGGCCGGACACUUUGUGUCCCCCCCAGUAAGAACCGGGGCCUCUGGCCAUGCCUGGGUGUCAGUGGACAAACAGUGUCACCUGCAUUAUGAGAUCGUAGUGACGGGGCUCAGCAAGGCCGACGACCUCGCUGUGAACGCCCACCUCCACGGGCUGGCUGAGAUCGGAGAGAUCAACGACAGCAGCACCAAUCACAAGAGGCUGCUGACCGGCUUCUACGGCUCGCAGGCUCAGGGAGUGUUAAAAGACAUCAGUGUUGAAUUACUGCAACACCUGGACCAAGGAACGGCCUUCAUCCAGGUCAGCACCAAGACGAACCCUCGAGGAGAAAUACGAGGACGGGUCCAUGUGCAAAACAACUGUGAGUUUGGCACCCGGGCGGAGGUGGAGGACUCUGAGUUUGACGACCUCUUUGUGAAGGACCCCGAGGAGCUGAAGAAAGACCCCCAAACCUGCUUCUUUGAGAACCAGCACCACGCUCAUGGCUCCCGCUGGACUCCCAACUACGACAAGUGCUUCUCCUGCAGCUGCCAGAAGCGAACUGUCAUCUGCGAUCCCGUCAUCUGCCCGGUGUUAACCUGCUCCCGCACGACUCAGCCGGAGGACAAGUGCUGUCCCGUCUGUGAUGAGAGCAAGGAGCCCAAGGACAUGAAGGUUCCAGAGAGGGUGGAGGAGCAUCCUGAGGGUUGCUACUUUGAAGGAGACCAGAAGAUGCACGCCCCAGGAACCACAUGGCAUCCCUUUGUACCUCCCUUUGGCUACAUUAAAUGUGCCGUCUGCACUUGCAAGGGAUCUUCAGGAGAGGUGCACUGCGAGAAGGUGACAUGUCCGGUGUUGACCUGCACUCAUCCCGUGAGACGUAAUCCCUCCGACUGCUGUAAGGAGUGUCCGGAGGAGGAGAGGACUCCCGCAGGCCUGGAGCACAGCGACAUGAUGCAGGCCGACGGGCCGAGGCACUGCAAGUUUGGGAAGAGCUUUUACCAGAACAGUGACAACUGGCACCCCUGGGUGCCGCUGGUGGGCGAGAUGAAAUGCAUCAACUGCUGGUGUGAUCACGGUGUCACUAAGUGUCAGAGGAAGCAAUGUCCAGUACUGAGCUGCACCAACACCAGCCGCAGAGAGGGCGUGUGCUGUCCUGAGUGCCAUGUCGAACUGUAACCUGAGCUCCUGGGAUGGAAUCACUUUAUCGAUGGAAGAAGGAUGUCGACGAAGAAGAGCAGUUAUCGGACAUGAUGGUGUUAUUCCCAACGCGUUCCCUCUGCCAGCUGAACAUGGCUCAUCACUUCCUGGAUAUGGUCGCCAUCAUUAUCUCACUGACGGCUCCGCUCGUCUCUUCCGUCUCGCCAACACACUGUCGACAUCUGCUGAGACAGAAGGAUGUUGAACACACGGAGAUUAGAGAUGCUUUUGCGGUUUCAAAGAGUUUCCUUAUCAAUCAUCUGUCCCCAAUUUUCUUUUUGAUGAGCCCGUCUUCUGAGGAGAGCCGAUGAUUGGAUACCGUGUCAGACAUAAAGACUGUGGUCUGCUCACACAGAUGAAAACACAUGGCAUGAUUUAUGUUGACCUUUCACACAGAAUACUGGAGAACCACCCUGAAAGCUUCUGUUUCUGUCUUUUAUUAAACUACAAGAUAUUAUUUGUCAGCUUUAAAGAGUCUGGGCACCUUGUGUGUCUUUAUGUGAAAUUAUCUUCGAAGAAGCUUAAUGGAUCUCAAACAUUUAUAUUAAACAUUUCAUAAACACAUUUGUGCUCGCAGCUGAAAUUCAGAAGUUCUUUGACUAAAUACAUCACGAUAAGAAACUACAGGGAGCAUAUAGGAGCAUUUUAAUAAGUGGUUAUUUCUGCUUUAAGUAAAGCUAAUCUAUUAUUACACUUCCCCAUGUAACUCAUUAUAAAACAAAAAUCUAAUUAUUCUUACAAAGCAUUGUGAAUAUUUAUGCUUUUAACUGUAAUUAUAAAGCGCUAUAAGCAGAGUAUACUGCAUUAUAUUAAACAUACACACUUACAGUGAAAU